AUGAACAUGUUGGACGUAGAAGACGACAGCUUUCACGUCACACGUGAGGGCUACUCCCAUCUGAGUGACUCAGAAUGGGAGGUAGUCGGUCGCAAGAUUGUGCUCACGGGCGAACCCGCCAUUAGUAGCAUGUUGGAGUCUCUAAGCAGAGACCAGCAACAUACUGCUAUCAACAAGUUACUACAAGAGGAACUUGCCGUCGAACGACAGAAGAUAGCCUUGCUUCACCAGCAAGACUCUCAUCAGUCUAUGAGCGAGCCAACGCACACGCGUCGACCCGGAACCUUGAAGAUAGAAGUCUCAAGGUACAUGGAAACCGAUGGAGGUUCCUUUUUGAGAUGGUUCGUCGAGUUAGACUAUGCCAUCAGGGCCCGUCACAUCAUGGGUGACGAGAUGCAAGUCACCUUCGCCCCGUCAAACUUGACAUAA